AUGGGGCAGGUGCUGGCGCAGCAGGGUGGUGCUCGCAACGCCGCCGACAACAACAACAAUGGGGGUCGUCGAAGGGGCGGCAACUCAGGCGUGUACUUUGGGGAGAACUUUACGCUGGCGGGACAAGAGUUCCAGAGCAUGACCCCGGAGUCGUUUCUGUUUGGUGACAUGGCUGACCUCAACUUCCUCUCCCAAAUCUCCGGCACCAUGCCGCGGGUGCCGCCUCAGGUGAAGCACACGAACACGCUUCGUGCGCUCGUCAACGUGCACAAGAACUCCAUCCGGCUUGUGAGGCACGCCAACAGCGACGGGCCCAUGGACGAGUAUCAUCUCGUCUUCAACUUUGACGCUGAUUGCGACUGCACCGUCAAGAUCCAUCUCUUUGCCGAGGAAGUUCUCUCCUCCUCCUUUCUCGACUUCCGUCCGUAUUCGACUGGCCAUGUGCAGCUCAAGGAUGACACGCAGCACUUCAAAGCAGGCCUCACUCAGACGUAUGGCGAGCCGUCGCACGCACUGAAGGGGCUGCAUCAGGUGAGCCAGGGCGACCUCGACUACACCAUCAACGACGGCAAACUCUUCUUCCCGCUCGUCAUUGAGGUGUGCGCCGACCCGUCCUCGCUCGCCUCCUCCUCCACCAAGCACUGUCAGGUCACCUACUGCGCAUUCGAGAAGGGUGACGAUGAGAACGCCCCCAUCACAGUGCGCGUCGUCGCGCAGAAAGUUCACAUUGACGGCACGACAUAUCUGCUGCGUGAGAUCUACGGUCUUGAGCAGAAGGAAGACAGCAACGGCAAUGGUGAUGGUGAUGGUGAUGCAACGGCGGGCGGUGCGGCGUUCAGCGACGCGGACAGCGAUGACGAAACCGAUCACGACUGUGUGGUGUGCAUGUCCUCCCCGAUGGACACGAUGGUGCUGCCGUGCCGCCAUCUCUGCCUGUGCAACGACUGCGCGGAAGUGCUUCGAUUUCAGUCAAGCAAGUGUCCGAUCUGCCGGGCCGCGUUCCAUUCGGUGCUGCGGCUGCAGGUCGCGAAACGCGUCGAGGACCUCAGCGAAGAGCAGCUGGAGGAGCAUGCCGACGGGCAGGAGGACACACCUGCCGGGUACUGCGCUGUUCCGAUCGUGGAGGCCCUGCACUCUCGUCCGAGCACGAGCGGUGGUGGCAGCGGCUACCUCACUGUCGCCGCUGCUGAUGGCGACGAUGGUGACGAUGGUGAUGGUGGUGGACGUGGUGCGAGUCGUGCGUCGUCGUCGUCGAUGUCGUCACGACAGCUUGAGGAGAGCACGGGACACGGCGAUGGCAGCGUCACAACAGCGACCACCGCGCUCACAGCAGCCACGAUUGACGAGAUUAGCGGCGGUGGUGGCAAUGGCAGUGAGCAGGUGGAGCUGCUGGAUAUGAGCAGAGGAGACGAUGGUGUGCACACGCGCGCGUCAACAGACUCGUCGUCGUCAUCAUCAUCGUCAUCCCUCACGCGCACGACAAUCAACGUGCAGCCGUCACCAUCUUCGUCACCGUCGCGACAACGCGAACACACGGAGGUGCACACCACUGGUGGUGGUGGUGGUGGUGGUGGUGGUGGUGGUGGUCAACGGGGCCCUGCAUCGGCCCCACUGGCACCAUCAUCAUCAUCGUCGUCGUCGUCGUCGUCGUCGGCAGCACCACCGCGACUGCCGCCACUGCACCACACGCCGGCACACCUGCCAGACCUCCCCAUGUCACACACACACGCGCCGCUGCCGGCUGUCGCCCUUGAUCAUGGCAACGACCCUGACGAUGACGAUGAUGAUGAUGGUGAUGAUGGUGAUGAUGAUGGUGAUGGUGGUGUGAGCACGCCAGGACAACGCGCUGACCGCAACCGCAGCAAUGACGUGGAGAUGCUGGAGAUGCAUUCAGCACAGCAACGGCAGUAG